CUGCACUGGGUGCGGUCCAGCUCCCGCGCUGCGGGCGCCCCGGGGCCCGGCGGAAGCCCGGGUGGUCCGCAAGCCCAGCCUGCACAGCGGCUGCCUGGCCACGAGGGGGCGCAGCGCGCGGCGGCGGGUCAGGAGGGCGACCUUCGGGCGGAGAAGCCGGCCGGCCUGCCCCCUUCAGAAGUAUCCGGGGCGCCGCACCCGUCAGGGAGGGUGUCGGGUGGGAUAGGCUGGUCGCCGCCCCUCCGAGGGCCUCGUUCGUCUUUGGUCGGGGUCGCGGGGGCGCACCGGGGUUGAGCCGGCUGAGCCGCCGCAGCCAGCGAGAGGGGCGGAGUUUCCGCCGAGGCCGGGCAGGGGCCCCGCGGCACUCGCGCGCCUCCCGCUGCGGAGCCCCGGCUGGCACGGCCCGCUCGCCAGUGCGCACGCGCGGCCCGAAGCUCCAGUGUGCCGGCCCCGCCCCCCGUGUUUGCUGCGGGGGCGCUCAGACGCGUGGAUUAGGGGCGGCAACUGAACCGGCCCGGCCGCAGCUAGCAAGCGGGGACGAGUUUUUCUGGAACCUGCGUGUGGGCAGAGGCUUUCUAAUGACCCAGGAUCCAGAUGCAAGGUCCAUUGAUGACUUAAACAAAUGGGCCCUGUUCCUGGUUUCUCCUUUUAUACUUGAAGCAGAGCACAUCGCCUUUGUGACAGAGAGCAUUUGGGUGCAAGGUGAGAAUUUACAGACACCGGCAUCCUCUUCGGAAACUAUUGUGAAGUGGUCUGACUGCUGUUUGCCGUUAGCUUGCCGACCUGGGGAUCCUUAUCAAUUAAUCGCCAAAGCAAGUGUGGAUGACUUCAGCAAGCUAGGGGUGGCAUUCCUGGAAGAUAGACUCCAGAUGGCUAAUGGACUGAUACCCCAGAAGAUCGUGUCUGUCCACUUGCAGGACUCUGCCCUAAAGGAACUUAAGGGUCAGGCCUCAGACCCGCCAGCCCAGCUCCUGCAGCCUGACCCUGAAUCUUGUAUUGAGAGGAACCCUCCUGAGCCCGACACUAUGGAGGACCCCCAGUCUCCGGGUUCUGCAUCCACACGGGGGCCAGGCGGGGCCUCUGGGGGCAGCGAGCCAGCCGUAGACGGUGACAGAGGCGUGGGCUCUGUCGAGCACUGUCCCCUCCAUCUGUCCAGCUGCCAUGAGUGUUUGGAGCUUGAGAACAGCACCAUUGAAUCUGUCAGGUUUGCCUCUGCAGAGAACAUUCCAGAUCUCCCGUACGACUACAGCAGCGGUUUGGAGGGCCUCGCCGACGACCUCCGCCCCGAGAGGGAUGAGAGGAGGGUCAAUGUCACGGGCAAGGCCCCCAACAUCCUCCUUUACGUGGGCUCUGACUCUCGGGAUGGCCAGGACAGGCUCCAGCAGGUCCAAUCUGCGCUGGCCGACUGUGUGGACACGGACUGUUAUACUCUGUACCACCUGCCUCCAGAAAGCGCUCUCAGGGACCCGUGGCCGGACAACUGUCUGCUGCUGGUCAUCGCCACCGGGGAGCCCGUCCCCGAGGACCUGUCCCGGAGGUUCACGGCCUAUCUUUCUCAGGGAGGGAAGGUGCUGGCCCUGGCGUCAUCCUUCACGCUGCCUGGCUUCCAGGUGACCAGCAAGGCCCCGCUGCAGGACACGGUCCAGAGCUUGGUUUUCUGCAAGGUGGACGGAAGCCUGAUGAGGCUCAGUGUCCUGAGCAGCGGCUGCGUUUACGAGGAGGGGCCCAGGGAGCCGCUCGGCCCCGGCAAGCUCCACGGCCACCUGGACAGUGAGGAUGGGGACAGGCUUGUGGUGCAAGUGCCUUUUGGGACUCACGGAGGAGAAGCUGUUCUUUGCCAGGUGCACUUGGAACUACCUCCCAGCUCUCCAGUAGUGCAAACACAAGAGGAUUUUAACCUGCUUAAAUCAAGCAACUUUAGAAGAUACGAAGUCCUUACGGAGAUCCUAACGACGCUGGGCCUAAGCUGUGACGCAAAGCAAGCUCCUGCCUUAACGCCUCUUUACCUGCUGACGGCGACCGAGGAAAUCCGGGAUCCUCUUGUGCAGUGGCUGGGGAAACAUGUGGAUCCUGAAGGAGUAAUAAGAUCGAGCAAACUCUCCCUGAAAUUCAUUUCAUCCUAUACAUCUGAAAUAGAAAUCACCCCAUCCGCCCUACCCGUGGUGACUGACACAGAGUCCUUCUCAUCAGAAAACUUUGACUUCGAGAUUUACCGACAAAACCUGAAGACAAAGAAACUUGGGAAAGUCAUUCUGUUUGCCGAAGUGACACCCACUACAAUGAAUCUUCUGGACGGGUUGAUGUUUGAGAUGCCGCAGGAAAUGGGUUUAAUAGCCAUCGCAGUCCGCCAGACGCAGGGCAAAGGGCGGGGAAAGAAUGCUUGGCUGAGCCCCUUGGGAUGCGCCCUUUCCACCCUGCUGGUCUGCAUCCCGCUGAGAUCCCCGCUGGGACAGAGGAUUCCGUUUGUCCAGCAUCUGAUGUCCCUGGCCGUCGUAGAGGCGGUAAGAUCCAUCCCUGGGUACCAGGACAUCAAUUUGCGAGUGAAGUGGCCCAAUGAUAUUUAUUACAGUGACCUCAUGAAGCUUGGUGGAGUUUUGGUUAACUCAACACUUAUGGGAGAAACAUUCUAUAUACUUAUUGGCUGUGGAUUUAAUGUGACGAACAGCAACCCUACCAUAUGCAUCAAUGAUCUCAUCACAGAAUACAAUAAGGAACACGGGGCAGAGUUACAGCCCCUGAGAGCCGACUGUCUCAUCGCCCGAACAGUGACCGUGCUGGAGAAGCUGAUUGACGUGUUUCAGGACCAGGGGCCCAACGGUGUUCUUCCUCUCUACUAUAAAUACUGGGUACACAGCGCUCAGCAAGUCCGCCUGGGAAGCGCUGAGGGACCAAAGGUGUGGAUAGUUGGCCUGGAUGAUUCUGGGUUCCUUCUGGUCCACCAGGAAAACGGCGAUGUGGUCACGGUGCAUCCUGACGGCAACUCCUUCGACAUGCUGAGAAACCUCAUCGUCCCCAAACAGCAGUAGUCCCGGCUGGGGACUGACAGACAGACUGAAGGGCAGAACUGAGGCGGGAGGCUUCCCCUUGGAUUUCUGUCGCCUUUCCUAGCCCGUGGAGCCAGAAAAACUAAAUCAGAGUUGUUGACGAUUUUUUUUUUCUCCAA